CACAUUUGUCUCAUUCAGUUGUUUUUGUCAUUAAUUUAACGUUUCUAUUAACCAUUUAUAACUGCGAAAUCGUAUUGAGAAAGAAACCAAAAAAUGACUCUUUUUACUGUGUUAUUUGUCUCAGCAAUGGUAUUGGUUUCAGUGUUGGGAGGGAAAAUAUUUGAUCCCGAAGCUUUAAAUGUGUACUACGACAAUGAACAAGAAAAGCCUGCAUUUUACGAAGGAAUACACAAGCCAAGCGUUAAUUUUGCUUUGGGUGAACUCAGCAUGGCCGUGAAUCACGUGCCUUUUGUUACAUUUAUGACAGAAUGUGGUGCAGAACCUGGCCCAAAACUCUUGCGUAAACUUGCAAAUAACAAAAAGCCGACCAGACAAAAGAAACAUAGCAACAAUAACCAAAUUUCAAGCAUUUCUGCAGAUAUAAAUGUUGUCGCUGGUCGUAUUGAAACCGCUUUCAACAUUCAACGUAUAACAAACGAUGAAUUUUGUAGUAAUGCACUAUCAAUUAAUAAGGCCAAGUUUGACUUGCACAGUCUAUCUGAACAUACGACGGACGCAAAGGUAAAAGAGGACAUUCGAAAUUGUUGCCUCGAUUUACAUACAAUUCAAGUGUGCAAUACCGCACUUAUAUACAAGUAUAGAAGUUAUUAAUUUCUAUCUACCAUUUUGACAAGAAAAUAUAGUAUGUUAUCUCUGAAGGCUUCUCACUAGAUUUCAAAUUUCGAUUUCUUUUUAAAUUAUCCGAAUAAAAUUACCCAUUUGUUGAUGUACCCAUUAGUUUAAGAAUACAAUAAAAUGUUUUGUUUGGUCAAUAAAACUUCAA